AUGGCCUCCCAUCCCCAGGACAAAACCCACUCCCUCUCCCUCCGCGACCCCGAGGCUUUCUGGAGUCACCACGCCCAAGCCCUCCAUUGGCACAAACCCCCCUCUAAAAGCCUGCAUCGCUCGACAAAACACCUCGCCAACGGCGUCAGCCAUGAGCACUGGUCCUGGUUCCCCGACGGAGAGAUCUCGACGACAUACAACUGCGUGGACAGGCACGUUCUCGCUGGCAAUGGCGAUAAUGUCGCGAUCAUCUGGGAAUCGCCCGUCACGGGAUCGAAGCAGAAGAUCACGUACAGCCAGCUCUUGGAGGAGGUGGAGGUGCUGGCGGGGGCAUUGAGAGAAGAGGGAGUGAGGAAGGGGGAUGUUGUUCUGAUAUACAGCGAAGCUGAUUGCAAGAAUCCAGUGCCCAUGGUCCCUGCAGCGUUGUACGCCGCCCUUGCCGUCGCAAGACUGGGCGCAGUCCACGCUGCUGUAUUUGGUGGCUUUGCCGCCGCUUCUCUCGCGCAGCGCAUUGAGGCUGCACGACCCCGCGCCAUCAUGACCGCGUCAUGCGGCGUUGAAGGGAGUAAAGGCGUAAUCGACUAUAAACCGCUGGUCGAAGGCGCCAUUGCGAAGAGCUCCUUCAAGCCGAGUAAGGUGAUAGUCUGGCAACGGGACCAGCUGCGAUGGGCGCCGAUGCAGAAGCUGGAGGGCCAGCGGAACUGGCAGAGGAUCGUCAAGAGUGCUUGGAGUAGGGGGAUUAGAGCGAAGCCAGUGCCGGUGAAGAGUAAUGACAGUUUAUAUGUCAUCUAUACGAGUGGGACAACUGGCCUGCCAAAAGGUGUUGUUCGAGAAGCUGGUGGACAUGCGGUUGGCCUUAACCUAUCGAUCAAAUACCUGUUCGAUAUCAAAGGUCCAGGAGACGUUAUCUUCUGCGCUUCGGACGUCGGAUGGGUUGUUGGCCAUUCAUAUAUCCUCUACGGGCCCCUUCUAGCGGGAGCAACAACAAUCCUUUACGAAGGGAAACCUAUCGGCACCCCGGAUGCCGGUAUUUUCUGGAGGUUGGUCGAAGAGCAUAAAGUCAAUGUCCUCUUCACCGCACCCACCGCCCUACGCGCAAUCCGCAAAGAUGACCCUGAUUCCCGGUUGCUCGAGCAAGUCGGCGCGCGCCAAGGUCUAAGGCACUUGAGAGCUAUUUUCCUCGCCGGCGAGAGAAGUGAACCCAGCAUCGUCCGUGCCUAUCAAGAUUUGCUAGAUAAGCACGGUGCUCCUGGCUCGAUGGUGGUUGAUAACUGGUGGACAUCGGAAUCCGGCUCGCCAAUGUCAGGCCUGUCGCUGAGGAGCGCAAUUGGCCUGGACCAUGACAGCAGAGAUGCACACCGGCCGUUCCCGGUCAAGCCUGGAUCGGCUGGUAAAGCCAUGCCGGGUUUCGACGUGCGCGUUGUUGACGACGACGGAAAGGAAGUGCCAAAGGGCACGAUGGGGAAUAUUGUACUUGGUCUGCCCCUUGCGCCGACGGCGUUUACCACCUUGUAUCAGGAUGACGAACGCUUUUACAAAGGAUACUUGAAGCGAUUUGGAGGGAAAUGGAUGGACACCGGAGAUGCAGGAAUGAUUGACGAGUCCGGUUACAUCCAUGUCAUGUCGCGAUCCGACGACAUUAUCAACGUCGCCGCCCACCGCUUCAGCACAGGCGCCAUCGAACAAUCCAUCCUCUCCCACCCCUCCAUCGCCGAAGCCUGUGUCGUCGGCAUCCCCGACUCCCUCAAAGGCCACAUGCCAUUCGCCUUUGUCCACCUGCGCACCCCGCCGUCGCCAUCCACCCCCCUGCCCGCGACCCCGUCUCCCGAAUUCUUCGCCUCCGUAAACGCCCUUGUGCGCGAGCAGAUCGGCGCCAUCGCGUCUCUGGGCGGCAUCAUCCAGGGCCAGGGGAUGAUUCCCAAGACGCGGAGCGGCAAGACGCUGCGUCGGGUGCUGAGGGAGUUGGUGGAGAACGCGGUGGUGGGCCGGUUUGAUGCAAAGGUGAAUGUGCCUCCGACAGUGGAGGAUGGGGAGAUUGUGGAGGUUGCGAGGGAGAGGGUUCGGAAGUAUUUUGGGGAGAGGGAGAGGAGGCAGGGGAGGAGUAAGCUGUGA